UUUUUUCUUUUUCAGAAAUCAAAUGGUAGCCAGUCACGUUCUUCAUUUAAUGAGGAAAAGCUUGGAAGAAGAUAAGCUAUGGCGUCACGAUUCUCAAGCGCUCUACUUUUGGUGUUUUCUUCUGUAUUUGCCAUUGUGAGUUCUCAGCAGGAACUUCUUGGCAAAGUGGAGGAGAACUUUUACGAGAAAACUUGUCCUGCUGCGGAGCGCAUUGUUCGCGAUGUUGUCACUUCCCAUUUCGGCAGGAACCGGACUGUUCCAGCGGGACUUCUUCGCUUGUUCUUCCACGACUGCUUUGUGCAAGGAUGCGAUGGAUCCAUCUUGUUGGAUGCUUCGGAGGACGGCUCCGUCAUUGAAAAGGAAGGUCUACCGAACAGGAACUCGGUUCGAGGAUUUGAUGUCAUUGACGAUGCCAAGACAAGGCUGGAGCGUGUAUGUCCGGGUGUUGUUUCCUGCGCGGACAUCGUGGCUCUAGCCGGAAGGGACGCAGUUGUCCUGGUUGGAGCUCCAGACUUCGCUAUGCCGACAGGACGUCUCGAUGGAAGAAUAUCACGAAGGUCGGAAGCUGAUGCUCUUCUCCCGGCCCCUUUCUUCAACGCGACACAGCUCAAGGCUAGCUUCGCGCAGCAAAAUCUCACCGUCGAGGACCUCGUCCACUUAUCAGGUGGUCACACUAUUGGUAGAUCACAGUGCCAGUUCUUUUCCAACAGGCUCUACAACUUCUCUGGAGGCAGCCCGGAUCCACUCCUCAACCCCUCCUACCGAGCAGAGCUGCAGCGCCUGUGUCCACAAAACUCUAGACCCACGGAUCGAGUGACACUGGACCGAGCCUCGGAGUUCAACUUCGACAACAGUUACUACACAAAUCUAGUCGCGAAGAAUGGAUUGCUCACGUCGGACGCGGUUCUCACAGUCGACAGCGAGACCGAGAGCAUCGUGAGAUCAUUCGCGCGCGAUCCCGACAGGUUCCAGCUGAGGUUCCAGAAAUCUCUGUUGAAGAUGAGCAAGCUCGGCCUCAAGAGCAAAGCGAAUGGCGAAGUCCGGCGUCGUUGCAACGCAAUCAAUCCCAAGAGAAUGGAGGAGGAGAGCUCGCUAGUCACUGCCAUUACCGACGCUAUAACUCGAGCUCUCGCCUUCUCCAAGUAAAAAACACCAGCCACAGGGCCACAUAAAGUAGAAGAAGUUGCAAAAAUAUAAGUUGUGUUACCAGAGAAGUCACUGAAAUAUACACACGUACACGCGCGUCCAUCCUU